UGUACAUGUGAGAUCAGUUGGAAUAACAGCGACUAAUUGUAUAAGAAAAGAAAAUGGCAGCAAACUUCUGUUAUUCAAUUGAUCUUACAAACCUGUCAAUAAAACUUUCUAAAACCCAGUCGCCUGUUAGCUCAGCCACCAUGUUUACAGCAGGAUUAAUAGGAAAUGGUUUGGCUUUAGUAAUACUCGUAAGACAUGCCGCUCAGCACAAAUGGGGUAUAUUUUACAGGCUUGUUGCAGCUCUGGCGUCCACGGAUGUGUUCGGAAUAUUGACUACGGGACCGGUUGCUUUCGCUGUGUAUGAUAAUAAGUUCAAAUGGGUAGGAGGAAAACCGUUAUGCGACUACUUGUCGUUCAUGCUUAUAUUUUCCGGCACCGCUACUUUGGCCAUCAUGACUACAAUGUCACUAGACAGAUACUUGGCUCUGUGGUAUCCAUACUUCUAUAACUCCUUACAAAAUAAGAGAAGAAUACAUGUUAUGCUGGCAGGAGUCUGGAUUUUUGCAGCCUUUAUAGCAUCUUUGCCUUUGAUGAAAUUCGGUUGCAACAUUCAACAAUAUCCAUGCACUUGGUGUCUCUUUGACUACUUUGGAACUCAUCCAACAGAUAAAGCGUUUUCAAUACUGUUUGCAUCACUGGGAAUUCUUAGCAUUAUAUCGUCAUCAGUUUUCAAUUGUUUGGUUAUCUAUGCCAUUUGCGAGCGGACGCGCAGUGCUCGUCGAGGGAGUAUGAAAAGCGUCAAAGGGAAAGAGCGCGAGAGAAGGAACGAAGUCUACAUUUUAAUCUUUUUAAUCGCUAUCUUGGUCACACAUGCUGCUUGUUGGAUCCCUAUAAUGGUACGAAUUCUUAUCAACACAUCGGGAAACCCACCAAAUUUCAAAGCCGAUAUUUUAGCCUUUAGAUUGGCAGGGGUGAACCAGAUCCUGGAUCCAUGGCUCUAUAUCAUACUGAGAAAAGAAAUACUUGUAAGAGUUUACAAAUUUUACCGCAAGAAGAGGUAUGGUGAUGACGCUGACUCCACGACACAAAGGAACACUACUGAAUGUUCCUCCGGAAGUAUGCGCGGUAAUGUGCGUCUUCAAUCACUGAGCCCAAAGGAGAAGAGAAUUCUGAAGAAAAUAAAUUCAACAGAAUCCAGUGCUACCAAUGUUCCCAAAUAGUAUACAGCACUGCGACUUCCUUCAACUUAGAUUUAUUUCUGCAUAAUGCAAACUGUUAAACGUGAAAACUGAAACUUUAUUUUAAAUUGAUUUUAAACCGUCUUAUUUAUGCAAUACUUAGAAAACAACAACAUAGGAUUAAAUAGCUGCAGAUAUGUAGGUCUCUGUGAAAAUAUGGGGUCAGACCAGAGAGCUAUAUAACAAACCCUUGUAAAAACCUUAGAUUUACGACACAGAAAAAAUGAGCACGAUUGAGGGUAUGUAUUCGGUCGUCAUUUAUCGUAAACACGGAUAAUUAACAAAAAUUAAAAACGCAUAAUAAUAAAUGAAGCCCUUGAGUAAUGGGAAGUAAUCCUAGUGAUUUGUGAAAGCCUAUCAGCCCCCCCCCCCCCCCCCCCCGUCCUCGCCACUGAUAGCAAAGUGUAAAAAGGGACCAGAUUAAUGAAAGCCGUGAAUUUAAUUCAACCCUAUUUAAACAAUCACUUUUUAAAAAACUGAGAUGCCAUCCAAAUUAUUUUCUUGAGGACAUUUGUUAAUCACGGAGACAUUAUAUACCAUAGAUCUAUCUAUUCUCUCAAAUGCAUCACUACGUCCUUCAGUAUCUGUGUGUUGGAGAUAUUCAGUACUGUGAUAAUAGUUUUCUGGAAUUCUCUGUUCGCUGAGAUAUCUACAUUCAAGAGUAGUUUAAAGAAUACUAUUUUUAGAGAUUUUAAUGCUUUACUCCUUUAACCCUUACAUGUAUGCAUCAUAUGUAAAUAAUAUUAUUGUAUAUGUAUUGUACCACGCCAUUGAAUACUUGAACAAUGUUAAGAUAUAACUAAAUGAUCAAUCUCAUGAAUACUUCUUGUAUGUACAAAAUAGUUACUCAUUCCGAUAAACCAGUUUAAGUUUCAAUACUUACACAAAUUUAUUUUCUGUAGCUGUAACGGAGGAGUAUGUUGGACUAUCAAUUAGAAUGGAAAAGAAUGAUUUCUUCUUAAAAGCAUGUUUCUAAAAAAAAUUAUUAUUUUUUCUGCAAAAUUAAUUCUUUUCAUGCCUAAAACAACUUUAAAUGUGUUUUUAGUGAAAUGUUUAGCGUAGUUGUUUUUUUUAAAGUUUGAUAGCUAUGAAAUUAAAAUCUUGCGAUAUGCAUA